AUGUAUCACCAUGACCUCCUGUUUUUCUUUUUGUCAGCAGGAUCUGUUUUUACCCUAAAAGUUCAAGUACAUGACAUCAUCAGCCAUCAGUACCUGCGCCAAGCGGUGGUGGAGGUGUUUGUCAACUACACCCUGACAAAUUCUACUCUCACUGGGAACAAUGGAGCAGUGCUGAUAAAAGUCCCCUACAAACUGGGAUUAAGCUUAACUAUUGUCUCAUACAAGGAUGGCUACCUGCUGACACCUUUGCCUUGGAAGACUGCGAGGAUGCCAAUCUACUCAUCCGUGACGCUCUCAUUAUUCCCACAAAGUCAAGCUAAUAUAUGGCUGUUUGAAGAUACUGUCUUAAUUACUGGAAAACUGUCUGAUGCCAAAUCUCAACCGAGUGUUCAGUUUCCAAAAUCUUUAAUGAAGCUUCCAACAAAUCACAUUGCAAAUGUUACGGCCUAUCUGACAGUGCCAGAGCAAUUUUUGAAAGUGGACAGCUUUCUCUAUACAACAGGAAUUAUUCUAAAUAAAUCAGGUUUCAAAAGCAUGGAAUUAACUCCUCUUACUGCCAUAUGUGUAAAUGUUCUGUUGGCUGGGAAAGAACUGAACAUAAAGGGUCCCAUUCAGGUUACACUUCCUCUUCCCACAACUGCUGUAAAAUCAGGAGAUGCUGUACCUGCCUGGACAUUUGAUAUGAAAAUUGGUGCUUGGGUGAACCGUGGGCUAGGAGUGGUGAAGGAGGCGGAUGGCCAGUUAGUAUGGACAUACACUGCUCAGCACCUGGGCUACUGGAUUGCAGCUCCACUGCCUGGAGCAAGAGAAUCCAUUAUUAGUGCUGUUUCCAAGGACAUAACAGCCUAUCACACCGUGUUCCUUACGGCCAUACUGGGAGGAACUGUUGUCAUUAUCAUUGGAUUUUUUGCUGUUCUUCUUUGUUACUGCAGGGAUAAAUGUCGUCAGACACAGAAGAAGGAAAAAAACUCAACCAAGCUGGAGGUCAUUAAAAAAGACCAGACAACAUCAACAACUCACAUAAAUCACAUCAGUGCUGUCAAAGGGACUUUAAAGCUGGAGGAUAAGUCACAGUUAUAUGCACCUAAGAUUUCUUCAUACAGUCCUCAAAGGAGGCUGUCCAUGGACACAGAAGAUGGAAAAUCACAGGACAAUUUUAAAAUCUACCCAGAGGAUGCUUCUUAUCAGUCAUCCUGUCAGACUGGUCAGGCAGGAAAUUCAGCCCAUUCAGUGGAGCCUAGUGCUGGAGUGAGGCUUUUACAGCAGCCAAAGCACAGUAACAGUACUCUUUCCCAGGCUCCCAGGGACAUUCCAGACCAAAACAGGUACCUUUCACUGAAAGAGGAGAUGUAUGGGCUUUCCCAUAUCCCAGAACAUCUAAUGCAUAUUUACAAUCAGCCUAUUGCUAUUCUUCAAACCUCAGACCUUUUCCACUCCCCAGAACAACUGCAUCCUGCUAAAUCAGCAACUUUGCCGAGGAAAGGGCAGCUGGUGUACGGCCCCAUGAUGGAGCCCGUGAAUAGGGACAGUUACAUGCAAACACUCCCCAAAAUGCCAGUGCACUCUCAUCCCCAGCCUUCUGCCUGCAGAGAUGAGAGCAGUGCCCUGGAUGGUGAAGAGGGCUUGCCUUCCCAAGCAUCCAACUGGGGCAGGUACACCAACAGCUUGCUGGAAUCUGUCUCUGUUCCUGGGACACUGAAUGAGGCAGUGGUAAUGACUCCCUUUUCAUCUGAACUUCAAGGGAUUUCAGAGCAAACACUGCUGGAGCUCUCUAAAGGAAAACCAUCUCCGCAUCCUCGAGCGUGGUUUGUGUCCUUGGAUGGGAAGCCAAUUGCUCAAGUGAGGCAUUCUUUCAUAGAUCUGAAAAAGGGCAAAAAAACUGAGAGUAAUGAUACCAGUCUGGACUCUGGUGUGGACAUGAAUGAGCAUCAUCCUAACAGAAAACUGGAGAGAGAGAAAACUUUCAUUAAAAGUAUGCCACAUUCUAAGAUUCUUUACUUGGAAGAUCUGGAUCUGAGUAGCAGUGAAAGUGGGACCACUGUUUGCACUCCAGAGGACCAGGCUGUGAGACACAUUAUGGAAGGAGGGAACGGGCCAGUCCUAGAACAACAUAAUGAGGAAGGUCUAAGGAAAAAAUCUCUGCCAGGAAGUCAUGAAUCUGGUAUCCCUUCUGCUAAAAAAAGGGAUAGACCACCUCUCAUGAAAAGAGAUAGCAAAACCAAUAUCUGGAAGAAAAGAGAGGAGAGGCCGCUUAUUCCUAUAAAUUAAAACACAAUGUGCUUUGUGCUGUUGCUCUCCCUGCUGGUUGUUGAUCUCUUGCCUGCUUCUGUAAUUCUGCAGUGUUGGGUUUACAAGGGAAAUGUUGUUUUCUAGUAUCAAGAAAAGUUUCAUUUUUUAACAUAUAGAUUGAGUUACCAAACUUCAGCUGGGCAACUGAUGUUCCAUGUGAAUUGAAAACAGGGAAAUGCUACUAUUAAACUUUUCCAGUUCCUAAUUUUACUGGCAGUAUGAGGAAGGCCCACAUUUUACUUAGCCUGUCAUUCUUGGACACACCUUUGGGAAUGCACAGUGAGAAAUGUAGGCACAUGGUUUAAUUGUUUUGUACUUGUUGCUAAUGCAAUGGUAGCCUAGUUAAAGCCAUUCCUAGCCUUGUUCCUAACCAACGUGACCAUCUGUACAGUAUUUUAUAUGUGAACUUUUCUAGCUGUCUGUUACUACUCCUUUGUACAAUGUGAAAUGUUUCAUCCGUUGGUCCCACGACACCAGCAGAUGAGCUGUGCUGGAUUUAUCAGCAGAGCUCUAUAGCAUUACUGCCCUCCCUGUGUGCCCAUCCAUGUGCAAUUCCAUACAACACUGGGGGAAGUGUACAAGUGUGGCCACUGCAGUUCAUGGUCCCCACUACCUUAAGGUGUUGCCCAUCUGUUUUGUGAAGAUCUGCUUUGCAGAAAAGGACUGGUUCUGGUAGCAUUUGGAGCUGCAGCUACUCCUGAUCCCAGUGUCUUGUUUGGCUUCUUUGUCAGUGAACAUCUUCUCUAUGCUGUUGGGCCAGCUGUGCUCCAGAAUAUAGCCUUGAAUCUCUGCCUAUUUAUAAGUGAGAGUUUGGCCCAUGAUGAAGAAGUGUGCAGGAUUAGACAAAUGAAGCCUUGGAAAGAGUUUCUUGAGCAGGAAAGCUUGGCACUGUUGCUUUUUAUUUUAUGUUUAAAACAAUGGGAGAUCAUUUGAGGUUUAUGUGCCUACAUUUUGCCAGCCUGAGCUGCUUUUGUCUAGGUUUGCAGAGGAGUUAAACAGGCUUUAAAAGUUGGGGGGGAGGGUUAUGAGCAUGAGACAGCAGAUUGCAAAAAUUUGGUCUAUAAUGCAAUAUAAAUACUAUUUAUGACUCAUCUUAGAGUUAAAUUUACCAAAAGUCAUGAAUGCAUGAAUUGUAACUAAGAUAUAUAUAGAGGAAGGAAAGGCCAUCAGAAUAUUCUUUAAUUUUAAUGUUCAUCUUGUCAAAGUGAUCAUUUCAACUUUGGCUAACAGAAAAAUGGAUGCAUCUCUUAAUGUGCUUCAUAUAGUGAACAGAAUGUGUUUCUGUGGCUUUGAGGCUGUUUCCCUGGUGAAAUAAGUUCCAGCAUUUUGGCUUUGGCAGUUUGAUUAUAAAUCAUCCUAAAAAGGCUUUAUAAAUAUUUCCCUUAGAGCUUGGUUAAGGGUCUGUACCAAGAUCCAAACAUACAAUGCCUGUAUUUGAAUCGUGAGGUGAGUGGUGCUUGGUUGUCUGCCCUGUAGUGCACUCAAGAGUUGGGAAGUAUCCUAUGCAGCUGGGCUUCUGGGAAUAUUUACUCAGGAAAUAUUACUGUGAAAUAUGUCUGUGGUGUUGGGAUUGUCAGUUGUCUGUUGGUGUUUCUAGAAGAAUAUGGAAGGUAACCAGGAUGGUACCAGCAAUGCAUCAGUGCAAAGCGAGCAUUUGCUUCAUGAACAAAAUGUUCCUAUUGAAUUCACAAGUAUGGAAGUGCAAAUUAAGUCUGAGAUAGGUGUGUGUGUGGUGGGUUGGCCUUGGUUGGAUGCCAGGUGCCCAUCAAGCUGCUCUAUUGCUCCCCUUUCCCAGUUGGGCAGGGGAGAGAAAAUAGAUGGAAAGCAACUCCUGGAUUGAGAUAAAGCAGUUUGCUAAGGCAAAAGCAAAAAUUUGCAUGUGCAUAAAGAGAUGAAAAAUAGGUUUAGGUUUGUUCUCUACUUCUCAUCAGCAAGUAAUGUGUGGCUGCUUCUUGGGAAGCAGGGCUUCAAGACUUGCAGUGGUUGCUCCAGAAGGCAAACCUUGUAAUAACAAAUACCCCCACUUCCUCCUCCUUUCCAUAGCUUUUAUAUCUGAGCUGAUGUCACAUGGUAUGGAAUAUCCAUCCCCUUGGUUAAUUUGGGUCAGCUGGCUCAGAUGUGUCCCUUGCCCACCCCCAGCCUGCUGGUUGGCAGGGAAUGUUGAGAGUCAGCAGUGAUGCUGUGCCAGCCCUGCCCAGCAGUGGCCAAAACACUGGUGUGUUAUCAGCACCUUUCCAGCUCCCAAGGCAAAGCCCAGUGCUGCUAUGGGGAAUGAACUCCAGCUCAGCCACACCCAGUAUCCAUGGGCAUCACCAUCACAGGUGGGAAUCUCAGCUCUCAUGCCUGGAGCACCUCCUCCUCCUCCUUUAGCACUGACCUUGGUGUCUGCAGAGUUGUUCCUCUCACAUGUUCUCACCCUGCUCUUCUCUGGCCACAAUUACACCUGCACAACAACUCCUUUUCCUUCUCAAAUCUGGUAUCACAGAAAUGUCACCAUCAUUUCUGACUGGCCCAGCCUUGGUCAGCAGCAGCUCUGUCCUGGAGCUGCUGGCAUUGGCUCUGCUGGACAUCAGGGAAGCUUCUGACAGCUUCUCAUCCCUGUAGACCUCUCCUACCCCCACUAACAAAACACAUGGUGAAGCAACUGUCCCCCUGCAACCCCUGGAGUGCAGAUAUCCACCUGCAGCCUUUGGAGUAUGCCUCAACAUGGGAAACCUCUGCUGCAGCAAGCUCCUGGCAGGAGCUGUGAGAAGAGGAGCCCAUGCUGCAGCAGGUAUCCUGGAAGUACUGGUGGGGGACUCACACUGGAGGCAGGCUGUGCCUGAAGGACUGCACCCUGUGGAAGAGUGAGUGAGCCAUGUUGGAGCAGUUUGUGGAGAACUGUUGCCCUUGAGAAGGACUCAAGUUGGAGAAGUUCAUGGAGAGCAGCCUCCUGUGGGAGGGACCCUGUGCUGGAGCAGGGGAAGGACUUCUGUCCUUGAGCAGUGGCAGAAACCACUUGUGAUGGACUCACCCAUUCCUGUCUCAGAAACCACAUGUGGUGGACUGACCCAUUCCUAUCCCCAGAAACCACACGUGGUGGACUGACCCAUUCCUGUCCCAGAAACCACACGUGGUGGACUGAACCCAUUCCUGUCCCAGAAACCACACGUGGUGGACUGACCCAUUCCUAUCCCCAGAAACCACACAGGGUGAACUGACCCAUCCCUGUCUGCCUGUGUCGCUGUGGGGAGGAAGUUGAGCUGGGAAAGAGGGAGGGGUAGAGGGAAGGUGUUUCUAAGAUUUAUUUCCCUGGUCAUUCUUCUGCUCUGGUUUUGUCAGUAAUAAAUUCAGUUAAUAUCCCCAAGGUGAGUGAGUCUGUUCUGCCUGUGACAGUAUUCAGUGAGUGAUCUCUCCCAGGCCUUACCUCAAUUCAGGAACCUUUCAUUGGAUUUUCUCUCCUCUGUCCACUUUUGGUAAGAGUGGCUUUGGUGGGUGCCUGGCAUCUAGCCAGGGCCAAACCACUACAGUGUGUAUAUAAGUCUGUAAUUAAAUUGGCCUCAAGAAAAAAGAGGUUUAAUUCAUCUGUUUCAGAUGUGAACAUGGCUUGUCAUAUCAGCAUGCCUUUGGUUCUCUUUCUAGGUAACAUGAAUUUUGUUGUCCAAUACCAAAUACUUUUUCACAAGAACUUUUUGUUUUUUUAACGUACAGUUGUACUGGAUUUUUUAAUAUGACUUUCUAGGCCCAGAUAUUGAUCACAUCAUCCUUUGCUUUGUUGUAUACAUUAGUAGGAAUCAAUUUAUAUAUGCACAUUUCUUCUGAAAGCUGCCCUUGAGGUUCAAUAUUGCCCUGUUUGCAGAGUUGCAUUGGUUCUGAUGGCUCCCUCUUCAACAAGAGAUUAUUAUACAUUCUGUUGAACAUAAUAGAAAAUCCCUGACAAGCUAAUGGUUUUGAGGAAUUCAUAUCAGGUUCAUAUGUCUUUACUUGAAAUUUUGUUCACCUACAGUAAUAUUUCAGAUUUUUUAAAUGCAUUUUUCAUUGUAUAUACCAAAAAGACCUAAUUUCUCAAACUUACUUGUAUCAUUAAAAAUACAGACUACUAUAAAUGGCUUUAUUUAUGUGACUUCAAAGGAAACAAGUUUGGCACUCCAUUGUUCUCAUUCUCUGACAGAGUAGGUGUCUGGCUGUUAAAGAAAAAGGAUUAGAAAUCCAACUUUAAAAUUAUUAAGAAUUAAAUUCAUACAGAAUAUUUCCAAAUAUAUCAGUCUUCACAUUCCAGCUGUAUGUUGGAAUUUAUGCUCUGGAAAAACCUGUAUUGCCUGCUAGAGAUUAGGAUUCUUUUUGGCUUUAGAUCAUUAAAAGAAGGAAUUUGACUAUGCUGAGCUCUAAAGAUUUUAAUUCCACAAAACAUUCUAUGUGAUGUGUAACAUGUGGAGAAGACAGAAUGUCACAGUGAAGUAUCACAGACUUAUGGUUUUCUCUAUUUCUCUAUAUGAUUUCAGCAUAUGAAUUUAUAGGAGUCCCUGAAUUUAUUUUUUAAGAUUUUUUUUUCUGUUGGCUCUUUGUGGCAUUAACAGACUGUUAAAAUGCUGGUGCCAGAAUUAGGCCUAUACAAAAAUUAGCAAGGAUUUGUGGCACACAGCUCUUGGAAAGGCUGGGGAAACAUUCAGAGGGUUUUACUUCUUUGAAUCUGCAGGUUGCUUACCUUGAGAAUAAGAAGGGAGAAAUAUCUGUGAGGACACAGGAGAGGGGAAUGAAUAAGGAAAAUUGGAAAGGAUACAGCUUCUUUCUGAUGCUAGUUUGCAAACUGAUAUGUGUUUGGGCUUUGGUGGAAUCAAUUCUUUCUGAAGAACACAAAUGUUUGCAACACUUAUGUCUCAGUUCUUCACAAGGCACUCCUUGAGCUGGCAGCUUUUGCAAGAAAAGCCCUUAUUUAUGUACAUAUAGUUUUAAGUGCAAGCUCAUUGACAGUAAUUUUUAGAUUGUUACCAAAUGCUAGAUGAAAAAAAAAAAGAUGGGGGAAUUGCUUAAAAAUCGCAUUUGAUCAAGAGAAAAAAAGUCCUUCUAGUGCAAUCAGAAAAUAGAGCUCUGGUAUUACAAACCUGAAAGUAAAAAUUAUGUUUUGAUUAGGGACAUUAUUUGCCACCAUAAAGCUAGAGGUGACACACCAAAAAUAAUCCAGGAUGUAGGAAUGUUUAGUUGUCUCCUUUGUUUUUAUGCAGUGAUUUGUACCAAAGAGGAUGAAAUGAACUGGCACCAGUAUAAAUUCUUGUUAGUUAAAAAGUGACAAAGUUUCACAACACUUCUGAUCAAACACUGUGCAGAUGAAAAGGCAGUGCACUACAUCUGUUGUCUAGUGCUUUACAUUAGGAAAAUCUGGAGAUAAAUUAGCCUGCUGAAGUGCCUUUCUCUUUCAUCAGACUUAUUUUAUCAGUGGGACAUCUGACUAUCUGAAAAGCACAUUAUGGUUUUAUUUUCUGUUAGCCAAAACCCCCUGAAUUCAUACAAUUAUGUAGCCUUUAUAAUAUUUUAAGAGGCAGAUCUAGUGCUUUUUAUGUUGGAAUACUGACUUCUGCAUGUUGAUGAUGAUGGUAGUUGUUGUAAAACCUAGUUUUGAUUUUUUUGUUUGAAAAGAAAUUAAAAAAAUAUAUCUUUAGCAAUCUGAACAGUAGUGUCUUUAAAAAAUGCUCAUAUGGGAUCUGAUUCAACUUUGUGUGUCAAGUGCAAGCAUCUUAAGUCACUGGAUUUACAGGUAUGAAACUGACUGGGAUAUUAACUUAAAAAAAAUGAAAUUAACAUAUGUUUAUAUAUAAACACUUACAAUGAUAAAAGUUCUUUUUUCAGCUGCUAACUUUGCUUGUCAGUAGCAGCAGAAAUUGUAUGGAGAUUGGUACGUAAUUCUUAUUUUCUAGAACCAAUUUUUAUCUCAAUUUGGAGCCUAACUUGCAUUGGUUUUUAAUAGCUUUUUAUUUUUUUUUAAAUUCAGUGGUACUAUGAAAACACAGUACUAUGCCUACAGAGCUAAAGAUGAGCAUUCUUUUCUAGUAAUUUGUACUAAUUUGUGCCACACUUCUAACAGUAGGCAGCUACAUUUGUGUUAAAGAGUUUAUAUGAAAGGUGAUUUAAAUGACUUGAAUCUGAGCUUCGUUUCCUUUCAAAAGCAGUAUUCAUUGUGUUCUGAAAAAAUAAAAAGCUUCAGCUUUUUUUAAGACUGACAGGGCAAACCUCUGUCAUUUCUUGUUUUGCUAGCACCCUCAGCCUGAAAACUGUUUUACCAAAUGAAUAUUUUCAGUCAGUUUUAGGACUUACUGAACAUUCCUAUAUUACCCCUCCCCAAAACAUCCUGGUACUUUAUUCCCUAGGUAAUGGAUUUAGUUCCUUUGAAGCACUCAUUGCACUUCAGUCCACGUUAGAACAGUACUAUUUUUACAUGUCACUGUGUAGAAAGGCAGUUUUUAGUGCUCAUUAGAGCAUGUUACUCGUGCAAAGCCUGGCUCUGGGGGUUGCAAGGCAGGUGAACUCAUGGCCCUGACUGUGCUCACCACCUUGAAUUCUGGAGCCUCACAUUCAACAAACGCUUCAUGACCUCAGCAAUUAUUUUCAAAAACUCUCUAGUAUGGAUAUUGUUUAUGUAAAACAUUCUUGAUAUUCGGCAUCCUGGUUUUAAGUAUUUCUACCUUUUUAUAUUUUGUCAGAGGUGUCUUUUCAUCUCUGUAUUUACUACAGUAUCAGUGUAUCUGUUGCUGAAAAUGUAACUAAGGUUUGUAAAAUGUUACAGCUUAUGCAAUAUAAUAAAAAUUUGAAAAAGUUA